AUGGCCUCCGACAAGCCUGCCGACCAGUAUGAGGAGGUGUUCGAGGAGGGCGAUGUCCCCAAGGAGGCCCAGACCGUCCACCGCAUCAGGGCCAACUCGACUAUUAUGCAGUUGAACAAGAUCCUGGCGGCAGCGCCUUGGCUGGCGUGCGAUAAAGCUACAGCUACAGUUACUGAUACUAGGAAUACAGAGGCCGAUGAGGCGUAUGUCAUUGGCAAGCGUGGACAGUACACUCCCGUUGGUGCUUACCUCGCUGGCGACGAGAUCGUCAAGAUUGCCGUCGAGCAUGGCGCCCAGAUGAUCCAUCCCGGCUACGGUUUCCUCUCUGAGAACGCCGAGUUCGCUCGCAAAGUCGAGAAGGCCGGCCUUAUCUUCAUCGGCCCUUCGCCCGAAGUGAUCGACGCUCUUGGUGACAAGGUCUCUGCUCGCAAGCUUGCCAUUGCCGCCGGUGUCCCCGUCGUCCCUGGUACUGAGGGUGCUGUCGAGACCUUCGAGGCCGUCAAGGACUUCACCGACAAGUACGGCUUCCCCAUCAUCAUCAAGGCUGCCUAUGGCGGUGGUGGUCGCGGUAUGCGUGUUGUCCGUGAGGAGGCUUCCCUGAAGGAGUCUUUCGAGCGCGCCACCUCCGAGGCCAAGAGCGCCUUCGGCAACGGCACCGUUUUCGUCGAGCGCUUCCUCGACAAGCCCAAGCACAUUGAGGUCCAGCUUCUCGGUGACAACCACGGCAACAUUGUCCACUUGUACGAGCGUGACUGCUCCGUCCAGCGCCGUCACCAGAAGGUCGUCGAGAUUGCCCCCGCCAAGGACCUCCCCACCGAGACUCGCGAUGCCAUCUUGGCCGAUGCCGUCAAGCUCGCCAAGUCGGUCAACUACCGCAACGCCGGUACCGCUGAGUUCCUUGUUGACCAGCAGAACCGCUACUACUUCAUUGAGAUCAACCCCCGUAUCCAGGUCGAGCACACGAUCACUGAGGAGAUUACCGGUAUCGACAUUGUCGCCGCUCAGAUCCAGAUCGCCGCUGGUGCUACUCUUGAGCAGCUUGGUCUCACCCAGGACCGCAUUACCACCCGUGGUUUCGCCAUUCAGUGCCGUAUCACCACUGAGGAUCCUGCCAAGAACUUCCAGCCCGAUACUGGCAAGAUUGAGGUCUACCGCAGUGCUGGUGGUAACGGUGUCCGUCUCGACGGUGGCAACGGCUUUGCCGGUGCCGUCAUUACUCUGCUCCGUGCUCUCAUCGAAUUCCGCAUUCGCGGCGUCAAGACCAACAUUCCUUUCCUGGCUUCUCUCCUGACUCACCCGACUUUCAUCGACGGCAACUGCUGGACUACCUUCAUUGAUGAUACUCCUUCGCUCUUCGAUCUUGUGGGCAGCCAGAACCGUGCUCAGAAGCUUCUUGCUUACCUCGGUGAUGUUGCCGUCAACGGCAGCAGCAUCAAGGGCCAGAUCGGUGAGCCCAAGUUCAAGGGCGAUAUCAUCGUUCCUGAGCUCCACGAUGCUUCCGGCCAGAAGAUCAAUGUCACCCAGCCUUGUACCAAGGGCUGGCGCCAGAUCAUCCUCGAGCAGGGCCCCAAGGCCUUCGCCAAGGCUGUCCGCAACUACAAGGGCUGCCUUCUCAUGGACACCACCUGGCGUGAUGCCCACCAGUCUCUCCUUGCUACCCGUGUUCGUACCGUCGAUCUGUUGAACAUUGCCAAGGAGACCAGCCACGCCCUCCACAACCUGUACUCUUUGGAGUGCUGGGGUGGUGCCACCUUCGAUGUCGCCAUGCGUUUCCUCUAUGAGGACCCUUGGGACAGACUCCGCAAGAUGCGCAAGCUUGUGCCCAACAUUCCCUUCCAGAUGCUCCUCCGUGGCGCCAACGGUGUUGCCUACGCUUCUCUGCCCGACAACGCCAUUGAGCACUUCGUCGAGCAGGCCAAGAAGAACGGUGUCGAUAUCUUCCGUGUCUUCGAUGCCCUCAAUGACAUUCACCAGCUCGAGGUUGGUAUCAAGGCUGUCCAGAAGGCUGGCGGUGUUUGCGAGGGUACCGUCUGCUACAGCGGUGACAUGCUUAACCCUACCAAGAAGUACAACCUUGAGUACUACCUCAAGCUGGUUGACGAGCUUGUCGCUCUCGACAUUGAUGUCCUUGGUAUCAAGGAUAUGGCCGGUGUUCUCAAGCCCCACGCUGCCACCCUCCUCAUCGGCGCCAUCCGCAAGAAGUACCCCGACCUCCCCAUCCACGUCCACACUCACGACUCCGCGGGUACCGGUGUCGCUUCCAUGGUUGCUUGCGCCAUGGCUGGUGCUGAUGCCGUUGAUGCUGCCACUGACAGCUUGUCUGGCAUGACCUCCCAGCCCAGCAUCAACGCCAUCAUUGCUUCGCUUGAUGGCACUGACAAGGACACUGGUCUCAACGUCCAGCACGUCCGUGCUCUUGAUACCUACUGGUCUCAGCUUCGUCUCCUCUACUCGCCCUUCGAGGCCCACCUCACUGGUCCUGACCCGGAGGUCUACGAGCACGAGAUCCCCGGUGGUCAGCUCACCAACAUGAUGUUCCAGGCUUCCCAGCUUGGCCUCGGCUCUCAGUGGCUCGAGACCAAGAAGGCCUACGAGGAGGCCAACGACCUCCUCGGUGACAUCGUCAAGGUCACCCCCACCUCCAAGGUCGUUGGUGACUUGGCUCAGUUCAUGGUUUCCAACAAGCUGAACAAGGAUGACGUCUUGGCCCGCGCUGGCGAGCUCGACUUCCCCGGCUCCGUUCUCGAGUUCCUUGAGGGUAUGAUGGGUCAGCCCUACGGCGGUUUCCCCGAGCCUCUCCGUACCAAGGCUCUCCGUGGCCGUCGCAAGCUCGACGCCCGCCCCGGUCUCUUCCUCGAGCCCACCGACUUCGCCAAGGUCCGCAAGGAGCUUGCCCGCAAGUUCGGCAGCGUCACCGAGUGCGAUGUUGCCAGCUACGUCAUGUACCCCAAGGUCUUUGAGGACUACAAGAAGUUCGUGGCCAAGUACGGUGAUCUCUCCGUCCUUCCCACCAAGUACUUCCUGUCCAGGCCCGAGAUCGGCGAGGAGUUCCACGUCGAGCUCGAGAAGGGCAAGGUCCUCAUUCUCAAGCUCCUUGCUGUCGGCCCUCUCUCUGAGAACACCGGCCAGCGUGAGGUGUUCUACGAGAUGAACGGUGAGGUCCGCCAGGUUACCGUCGACGAUAACAAGGCGUCGGUCGAGAACGUCAGCAGACCCAAGGCCGAUCCUACCGACUCCAGCCAGGUCGGUGCCCCCAUGGCCGGUGUCCUCGUCGAGCUCCGCGUCCACGACGGUACCGAGGUCAAGAAGGGCGAUCCUCUAGCCGUUCUCAGCGCCAUGAAGAUGGAAAUGGUCAUCUCCGCUCCCCACAACGGUGUUGUCUCCACCCUCGCCGUCCGCGAGGGUGACUCCGUCGAUGGCUCUGACCUCGUCUGCCGCAUCGUCAAGCCCGGCGACAAAUGA